AGCUGCCGGUGUUACUAUGUUGGGGUUGCCCGGGGAGCAAGGAGGGUAAAGUCGAUGAGUUCUCGGUGUCUGUAUUACCGAAAGUUUACGACGUUCCUCCCUCUUCUCUCCCUCCCCACCUUAUCUCGCGUUACUCAGACGGAAUUUAAUAUUUGGAACAACCAGUGUCCUGUCAGUCGGGGGCUGCAGCUCCACCAGCGGAACUGCGGGGAGUUCAGUUUCAGGCCUCGGCGGGCAACAACAAUUCUCCACUUUGAUCCCGUUCAAUGACUUGAGCAGUUAGGGGUUGAGGGGGAUUGGGGCUUUUAAUACCUGCACAAAUCAGUAAAGCGAGCAAGAGAAAUAACAAAAGCAAAACCGAAGAAACAGAAUCUCGAGUUCUGAAGAAGAGUCUGCUGCACUCGAAACGUUAACUAUUUCUCUCUCCACGAAUGCUGCCAGAUCUGCAGAGUUUCUCCAGUAUUUCAUGUUUUUGUUUCACAUUUCCAGCGUCUGCAGUAUUUUAUUUAAGCGAGUGAAGGAAUUCGUCUGCUAAUUGUGGACUUUUUUUGAAAAUGUUUUCUGCUGUGAAACAGAGCUGGAAGCGGUACCAUUCCCACAGGCCUUGUGAUAUGUAAACUGAUCAGAAUAUGACCAUGCAAUAAGAGGGGGCUGUCUUUAGACUUCAAAACAAUCUAAUUCUACAAGAGAGCAGUUGGAUAUUGGACACACUUCGCAUUACUGAAGGAACUGGGAUUGGAUUUGCAAUCUAGUUGUAAGAUUUGGGCCUUUUUAAACUUGAUUGCAUACGUUGUUUUGGAGAUUACGGUCCAUUACAGAUUUUCAGCAUCCACAGUAUUUUGCCUCAGUUAACACAUCUGGUUGAUGACUUUUCAUAAGAACUGGGAAAAGUUGGAAAUGUAAUAUCAUCAUCUUAAAUGAUUUGUGUGUUGUUGGCUUCCAGUCCAGCGGGCAGUUAAGUCAGCUACAUUGCUAUGGGCCCGGAGUCACAGACAAGGAGAAAUUUCGAUGGUUUCUGACUCCAAAUAAACAAGUGGAGUGAAACAACCAUGGGCAGUCUCAAUGACCCAGAGGAUAUAUAUAUUGCAGUGAUUCGUCCUAAGAAUGCUGCUAGUUUAAAUUCUCGUGACUAUCGAACUAAAUCAUAUGAAAUUCUGCUGCUGGAAUUGCAAAAUGAAGGCAAGGAGAAAAAGAGAAAGAAAGUUUUAUUACAAACAAAACUGAAGAGGGAUGAAAAUAAAGGGCAAGACAUUCUUGACUUUGUAGUUGAAGCCACCAAACUGAUGUCACCUAACAACCAAGGAGUCAAAGGUAAACGAGUGGUGUUGAUAAAAGAAUUCCCUGUCCACAGGGAGAAUUCUUGCAAGGCAGCUGCACUCUAUGUUGUACCAGCAGCAGUUAAAGACAACAGCAAGACAUCCUAUUGCCUUGGAGCACCAAGCUUUUACUGCUUCCAGGAUAUUAUGCGUGUGUGCAGUGAAUCUAGCACUCAUUUUUCUACACUCAGUGCAAAAAUGCUGAUUGUCUUGGACAAGUGGUUGGCAGAACAGCACACAAUCUCCCAUGCCAUUCCAGGUCUUUUUAGACCAUCACCUCUUGACAGACUCAAAUCUUGCGUAGCAAACCCUGCUUACAUCAAAGAAAUGGAUCAGCAUGAAAAUACCAUGCAUGUGGGCUAUACUGCUUUGGAGAUAAAAAGUAAAAUGUUGACACUGGAGAAAGCUGACCUCUGUAUCUACAAUCCACUUUUUGGAUCAGACUUACAGUACACAAAUAGGGUGGAUAAAGUGGUGAUAAAUCCAUACUUUGGUUUGGGAGCACCUGAUUAUUCCAAGAUACAGAUUCCAAAACGUGAGAAAUGGCAACGCAGUAUGAGUAGCAUAAUGGAGGACAAGGAACGACAGUGGGUGGAUGAUUUUCCCCUGCAUCGCAGUGCCUGUGAAGGUGUUACAGAGUUGCUGAGCAAACUUCUAGAUAGUGGCUUUUCAGUUAAUCAGUUGGACAGUGAUCAUUGGGCACCUAUUCAUUAUGCUUGUUGGUAUGGAAAGGUCGAAGCUACCCGCAUCCUAAUACAAAAGGGAAAGUGUAAUCCCAACCUUCUAAAUGGACAGCUUAGUUCACCACUUCAUUUUGCAGCUGGUGGAGGACGUGCAGAAAUUGUGCAACUUUUACUACAGCAUCCUGAGAUUGAUCGGCAUAUUGUGGAUCAACAAGGAAGGACAGCAUUGCAGGUCUGCGAAGAGAAUAAACAGAAUGAUUGGGAAAAAACAGUACAACUCCUAAAUGAUGCAAUGAAUAAGCCAUAUGAGAAAGUUAAAAUUUAUCGUACCGAUGGAUCUUAUCGUGCUGUUGAGCUGAAGCAUGGUAACAAUACCACGGUGCAGCAGAUAAUGGAAGGCAUGCGGCUGUCACAAGAAACACAACAAUAUUUUACAAUCUGGAUCUGCUCUGAGAACCUCAGUUUGCAGCUCAAACCAUACCAUAAAUCACUACAGCACCUGCGAGACUGGCCAGAGAUUGUUGCAGAAUUAACUAGCCUUGAUCCACAUUCGGAAAAACCACAACUCUUUCUGCGAAGGGAUGUGCGACUUCCACUGGAAACUGAAAAGAAGGUGGAUGAUCCGUUGGCUAUCCUUAUUCUAUUUGAUGAGGCACGCAGUAGCCUGCUGAAAGGAUUAUAUCCAUGUCCUGACAGUCAGUUGAUAACAUUGGCUGGUCUUCUCCUUCAAAUCAUCUAUGGAAAUUAUGAGAGUAAAAAACAUAAGCAGGGAUUCCUCAAUGAAGAAAAUCUUAAGUGUGUCUUACCAUGUACCAAACUGAAAAGCAAGGCUCCACACUGGAUCAGUAGGAUUUUACAUGAAUACAAGAGCCUUAGCAGUCGUGAAGGUAUCAGUAAGGAGAUGCACCACCUUCAGCGUCUUUUCCUGCAGAUUUGCUGGGAGUUUCCAUCUUAUGGAGCAGCCUUUUUCACAGGACAAGUAUAUACUAAAUCAAGCUCGAGUAGUCACAAAGUUGUCAAGGUAUAUGUUGGUGUAAACACGAAAGGUCUGCAUUUGUUAAACAUGGAAACAAAGGCUUUGUUGAUUAGCCUUAAGUAUGGCUCCCUUAUGUGGCAAUUGGGUGAAGCAGAUGCCUACUUUCAAAUUCACAGUUUGGAAAAUAAAAUGAGCCUCGUUGUGCAUACAAAGCAGGCUGGUCUGAUUGUGAAAUUACUGAUGAAGUUAAGUGGCCAACUGAGUGUAAAUGAAAGAAACUUGACAGAUAAACAUGGAUAUGGGUAACCAUUAAAUAUCAUGAGAUCUUUAUCUUGACAAGGCCAUUCCUGUUGAACUGAAGCACUUCAGAUUACUAAGAAGCCAGAAAAACCCACUGUGAUUUAGCAUUCCAUGUAUAUUUGUAUGAUAUUGAAGAAUUGUAUAUCUUAUUUGAUGUAUUUUAAAGCAAAGUAUACAUUGUGUAUGUUGAUUAUUUCAAUGUCUUGUUAUUGUGCUAAAGAAGCAAGUUUUAAUUUGGUUCUAUAAAGAACAAAAUUCUGAGUUAUAGUAUGUAUUACAGCAAUAGUUGUGCUCUUCAGUAUGGUUUAUAAAGUAUUUUAGAAAUAUAUCACAAUAUCGACAUACAUUUUUAUGAAUUAAAAGAGGAUCUUCUAAAUUUUGGUU